AUGAGCUCUGCACCCGGCGAUGCGCCCCACAGCUGCCGGCAGCGGCGCGUGGGGAGGACGCAUCCCUCGUGGGGACACCGCGUCCUUCGUGGGCACACCGUGUCCACACGGCUGGGGGGCUUCACUGCCGGGGCCUCGCGCUUCGGGCAGCCUCAGGUCCCGGUGCACUCGGCCGCCCUGCAGAAGGGCUGGGACGAGCACGACGUGCCGGCAGCACCGCUGGUGCUGCAGCAGCCCCAGCCCGUCCUCUUCAUGGAGCCCGGGGCCACGGUGGAGAUCGGCUGCAUUCCGGAUGAGAAGUUCGAUGGCAAAGGCAACGUGUUCUGGUACCGGCAAGGCCGUGGGGAACGGCCCCGGCUGAUCCUCAGCUGCAUCCAGGAGGCUCAGGAGGGAUUUUCCUGUGAGUACACGAGGCAACGCGCCGUGCUGCACAUCGCUGCUGCCCGCCCCGACCACACCGGCCUCUACCUCUGCGCCUACAACAUCGGCUACAGUCUGAAGUUCGGCAACGGCACCGCGCUGAUCGUGGGAGACAGCUGGAGGGCCCAGAGCUGGGUGCGGGUGCUGGCGCCCCACGGCUCCCCUUCAGACCCCCCCGGCCUGGUCUGUGCCGUGGGCAACACCAGCGGCCCCGUCCUCGUCUCCUGGCCGGGGGGCACCCGAGCCCAGGAGGUGCUGGGGCUGGGGGACAGCACAGAGCUGCUCAUCAGCCCCGCGGGCAUCGCUGGGAGCACCGGGGGGCUCUGCGAGGUGCGCUUCAAUGCCUCCGGUCCCCCCGUCCGGAGGAGCGUGGAGCUGCACGGGGCCAAGGGUGAGCACGAGCCUGGGCACGGAGGUGAACAGGGGAGAGGGCAGAUGGGGUGA